AUGGGACGUAAGAUGGUGAUGGACUCGUGGUUUAGUGGUUCAGAGAGUAAUGGUAAGGUGCUUGGAAUCUUGGCAUUUGAAGUCGCCGGUUUGAUGUCGAAGGUGGUGAAUUUGUGGCAUUUUUUGGACGAUGGAGAGAUGUUGAAGUUGAGGAAACAGAUCACGAACUCGAUCGGAAUUCGAAGACUCGUAUCCGACAAUGAAAAUUACCUUAUGGAUCUUGCACUGAAUGAGAUAAUCAACAAUUUCGGAACCCUGGCAACAUCCGUGGCCAGGCUUGGGAAGAAAUGCACUGACCCCGUGUAUCACUCUUUCGAAAACUUGAUAAAAGACCCGAUUUCGAACAAUUCGUAUUGGCUUGGGUGGGAAUAUCGGUUGAAGAAGAUGGAGAGGAAAGUGAAGAAGAUGGAGAGAUUCGUGGCGGUUACGAUGCAGUUGACUCGAGAGUUGGAAGUGCUGGCGGAACAGGAGCGAACUCUAAGAAGGAUGCGGAGAAAUGCCGGGUGGGAUCGAGUGAAGUUGUUCGAGUUUGAAAAGAAAAUAAUGUUGCAGCGCCAGGAAGUAAAAAAUCUACGGAAGAUGUCUCCGUGGGUUCGAACAAAUGACUAUGUUGUUCGAAUUCUGUUGAGAUCACUUUUAACAAUGCUCGAGAGGAUAAAAUAUGUCUUCCGCAACAACCAAAUGGUACUUAUAGGUGGGAACAAAGAUUUUGAAUCUAUUAGUAGUCUCUGUUUUUCGCCCAGCGAUUCGUUUUCCGCUCGACCACGAUGUUCAGCAUAUCCUUCGGAUAAUAAUAAGUCCGAACAGAUCAGUGGCAAGCAACUAAUCUCUCGUUAUCAGUUGAUUGCGUUACAUGGCAAGAUGCCAUAUUCGAAAACGAUACGGUCCAGUCGUGUCGGAGUUGGACCUUUUAAAAAAUGCAUGUCAGUCGGAAGUAAUUCUCCUAUUGUAGACAGCUGCACGCGGAUUGGCACUGGACCUUUCAGGUUCAUUGGUGCUUACACCGGAAAGAUCGACAAGUUAAACAAAUUAAAGAUGGAGUCAGUGUUCGGCAAUGAUAAAAUUUAUUCUAAAUUAUCCGUUUUCGAUACCAAGUGCUUGUUGGAUGCUCCUAUGUCGACACUCGGUGAUGCUGCAUUAGCUCUCCGCUAUGCACACAUUAUUGUCUUGAUUGAGAAACUGGCUUCAGCACCUCACAUGAUAGGCCUCGAUGCGAGAGACGACCUGUACAAUAUGUUACCUUCGACUUUGAGAACUGCUCUGCUUGCUAAACUGAAGUCGAAUGCAAAGACUUUGGCAUCAUUAAUCUCUAGUGCUUCCGUUUCUGCAGAACGGAGUCUGGUACUAGUUUGGAUAUUGGGAUGGUUGGCUCCUCUUGCUCACAACAUGAUUAGGUGGCACUCCGAACGCAGUUUUAAGGAACAGCAUAUGGUUUCCCGGUCUAAUGUACUUUUAGUACAGACACUCCACUUUGCAAAUCGAGCUAAAACCGAAGCCGCUAUUACUGAGCUUCUUGUUGGUCUUAAUUAUGUCUGUAGGGUCAAUAGAGCACACAAUAAUAUAGCUUUUUGA